UGUUUCUGUCGGAUCUUCUACUCUACUUGAUCUACUCCACUUUGAUAAGCGCAUGCAGAUAGAUAAUUACACGAAUUCGAUCAGACGCGUUAACCGGGACCGGUACGUGGCCGGUCAUUGAACGGUUAACGUCGUCGCUGUGUUUUCCAGUCGCGUAUUACGUGCGCGCGUUUCGCAAGUGUCAUUUACAGCUGUGCGGACUGCGGAGAGGACAGUGCCGUUCGUUUCGGCAAAGUCGAAGGAACAGGGUAGUUAAUUGACUGACUUUGAGCAGACAGGUGAAAUCGCACGAACACCAAAAUCUCUCGGAUCAUGAUUCGAUCGAGCCUCGUGUUUAUGCUCGUCAUCGUCAUCGCUUCACAUGUUACUACCGGUGAAGAUUGUAAGGGAUGCGUGCCUUUGGACUCCUAUUCGUUCGACAAGGUGAUCCCUAAAUUCAAGGCAGUACUUGUUAAAUUCGACGUUGCGUUUCCGUAUGGUGGCAAGCACGAACAAUACGCGACAGUAGCAGCCGAUACCAAGGAUUCGCAGGAUCUCCUGAUAGCUACAGUAGGAGUCAAAGACUUUGGCAAUAAGGAUAAUUCCGAUCUAGCGCAACGCUAUAAUAUCAAGAAGGAGGACUUCCCAGUAGUCUUAUUAUUCAUACAAGGUAAAUCGGGACCGAUCAGAUUUAUCCCCGAGAGGGAUUCUGAUUUCACCGGUGAAUACCUCAAGCGAUUUGUCAGAUCCAAGUCGAGAGUAUAUCUAGGCCUACCAGGAUGUGUGGAACGGUUAGAUAAGCUAGCUGAGGAAUUCAAAGCCGCGAACGAAAAGGAGAGACAGGAAAUAUUAAAGAAAGCAAGGAUCUUUGAAGAGACUCUACCAGAAGAGCAACGGGAAGCUGCAAAGAUUUACGUAAAGACUAUGGAGAAAAUCUUGGAACGGGGAGAUAUAUUUGUACAAACAGAAGAAACGCGAGUACAGGGGCUUCUUUAUAGAGGAAAAUUAUCCAAUCAAAAGAAACGUACGAUGGAAGAAAGACGAAAUAUCUUACAAUCUUUUUCAGCAAGGGAUGAACUGUAGAAAACUAUAAUCAAAUUUAUUAUUAAUUAUCCAAAUGUCAUUUAAUAAUUGAGUUUUAAUUCGAAUAUCGAUUAUUUGCUUUUUUAAUGGCUUCCUUGAUCCGUUUCAUCAAAUUAUAUAUAAAUGUCAAUUGGAAUACACAUAUUUGGAUAUUAUUCAAAAUAUCAUAAUAUUGUUUCAUUCCUUAUUGAACUUUUCUGUGAUGAAGCAUUUCUUAAUUAUACUUUAUGCAAUAUGUAAAAGACUAUUUGCUAUUUAUACAAUUGGUUAUUUGUUGUGCUUGCGUUCCUUUAUACAGAUUCAAAAUAUAAAUAUAAGACAAACUAGGCGAUAAAUAUUAAAAACAUAGGUUUUUUACAUCCAGGAAUAUAUCUAUCUAUCAAAUUAUUAACUAU